GCGUCUCCUUCUAGGGGGUCGCAAAGCGAGGGGGACCUGCUCAUCCACCGGCUGUUCCCCGAAUGCAAACGAGUCUGCACUUGUCUGGAUGGGGCCCUGUGUAUCCACUGCGGGUCCCAGGGCUGGGGAGAGCUAUGGGGAGCGGGGAUCGCGGGCAGAGAAACAAGGGGUGUCGUAGGGAGACUGGCCCUUUAAGAGAGAAGAGGCCCAUGCCCCCUGUGACUGGUCAGCUGCCUCCCGGGUGGGCUUAAGAAAGGGGCCGGGGGAGGACAAGGAGAGAGGUAGGGGGCAGAGGUAGAUCACAUCACAGAGAGGGUGGGACUAGCUAAAGGUGCAAGCCAUUGUUGGGGAGAACGGCCCAGAGCUGGGGAGCCCAGUGGAGUUUUGGGAGCUGUUGUGCUGAGACCCCUAGGAACAAGGGGAAGAACCGGGCUGGUUAGGGGGCACUGAGCCUGAACCAAGAGGAUUGGUGCUGGAUGGGGGAUCUAGGGUAGGACUGCAAGCGAAAAGACCCGUGCAGUGGGAUACCGCGGGGAGCCCUCUCCCAGGAGACCAGACUGGGGGCUCCAGGGGAAGAGUGAAUCUGGGGGCCCUCAGGGGCAUGGCUGGAGAGUAGAGCCUGGAGCAGGGGCAAAGAGCUGGGAACAGGCUGGAUACGCUCCUUGGAAAGCAGUUGUGACUGUCCUUCGGGGGUUUGGGCAGACCAGUUUUACCAUGAGGGUUCUGCAUGUUCCUGAACGUGUACACGAAUACACCAUGCCUGGAGGAGACAGUGGAGUCUAGACCACAUCCAGCACCUGUCGGAGACCCCACCGAAAUCUCAUCCACCCCACAGCAGGACCCAUGUAGGCCGCAUCCACCCCACUCCAGCCGGACUCCCCAGAGACCGCGACCACUCCCUGCAGGACCCUGAGGAGCUCUGCGCGUGAGACAUGGCCCAGGCUGACCUAUGCGGCAACAUGUCCCGCGGCCCCUAGGCGCAGGGGCAAUCAGGGAAGCUCUGGGAUCCACAGCCAAUGGGAGCUGCAGGGGCGGUGCCUGCAGGCUUGGGCAACGCGCCUCAGUCUAGUCUGACUGCUUCUGGGAGCAGCAUGGAGCCACUGCCAGGGCAAGCAGGAACCCUGCCUUGGCCCCGCUGCACCACCGACUGGAGCCGCCUGAGAGAACUCCCCACAGUGAUGCCAGGAUCUCUUCCAUGAGUGGACCAUGCAAAGGCAACCCAGAGAAGGUGGAGAGGACAAAUGCAACUGAUGAACAUGCACAGACUGGAGCUGACCGAACAGGGAGGAGAUGGAGGGAAAGUCUUGAAAGCAUCAGUUGGCAGCUGAGUCGCUGCCACCUCCCCAGAGCUGCCCCUGGCAGGAGUAUAAAAAGGGCUGCUGACCCUGCUUGGUCUCCACGACCCAUGUAAGAAGCAGAAUGGCUUUCCUCUGGCUCCUGCCCUGCCUCGCCUUCCUGGGCGCUGCCCAUGGCUGCGGCCUCCCUGCCAUCCAACCUGUCAUCAGCGGUUAUGCACGAAUCGUGAACGGCGAGACGGCGGUUCCUGGAUCCUGGCCCUGGCAGGUCUCCCUGCAGGACAACACCAGCUUCCAUUUCUGUGGCGGCUCCCUGAUCAGCGAGAACUGGGUGGUCACCACUGCCCACUGCAGCGUCAGGGUGACUCCGGUGGCCCCCUGGUGUGCCAGCAGGACGGUGCCUGGACCCUGGUGGGGAUCGUCUCCUGGGGAAGCAGCACCUGCUCCCCCUCCACGCCCAGCGUUUACACCUGCGUCACCAAGCUCAGGGCCUGGAUCGACCAGACCAUCGCGGCCUAUUAAUGCAGCAGCACGUUCCCAGUGUGACGGGUCAAUAAAGACACAUUAGAGACCAGCUGUGCCCAUACCCUGCAGUCCUUGGCUCCUGGGCUGCGACAGGGCUCAUGUGGUGGAUGGGGUACAAUCGAAACCAAAGGCACAGGGUGUCUGGUCUUCUCCAGUCUAUCUGCAUCCCCUGGUGGGAUCAUGCACAUGGCUACGUACUGCAGCGCAUGGUACCAUCCCGUAGCAUCGACAGAUCAUCUAUUCCAGCCCCCUGCGCAGAGGCAGGCCCAAGUAAACCUAGAUCAGCCCUGACAGGGGUUUGUCCCACCUGUUCUUAAACCUCUCAUGACAGAUUCCAUAGCUUCCCUUGGAACUUACCUACCCUGAGAGUUAGAAAGUUUUUCCUCACAUCAAACCUACAUCUCCCUUGCUGCAGAUAAAGUCCCUUAGGUCUUGUCCUGCCCUCAGCAGACACAGCAAAUAAUUGAUCUUUCUAACAGCCCUGAACAUGUUUGAAGACUUACCAGGUACCUCCUCAGCCAUCUUUUCUCCAGACUAAACAUGCCCAUGGCUGACCAGGUUUAACCUUUCCUCACAGGGCAGGUUUUCUAAACUUUUGAUCCAUUUUGUUGCUGUUCUCUGGACUCUCAAUUUGUCCACAUCUUCCCUAAAGUGCGGUGCCCAGAACUGGACAUUGGGGGCCUCCCCAGUGCUGAGCAGAAUGGGACAAUGACCUCCUAUGCCUUACA